AUGGCGGUAAAAGCCGUCUCCGUCCUGUUCCAUACGUGGAACCGUAUCGAAGGCCCCCGAAAGACGGUGUUGGUUGUGACUCUACUCAAUUAUUGUUCUUGGGCCGGACCCGUCAGAUACAGGAGCCUUCCUCUUAGCGAUAUCAACCGUUUGACAACAAGACUGACAGGAAGUCUUGUUCUGUUUAUGGAUUUGAAGACGAGCCACAACUCCCCUGUUUUUGUUGAUCCUCUCCCUUCACUAGCCUUGCCUAUGACGUACACAACGCCUACUAGCUUCCCAUCUUCUGGGCUUUACCUGAACACCCCAAAGAAGAAACCUCUUCCCAGCAAGAUCGAAGAGGUUCGUGCUGCCGGAUGGCUUGAUCUGAUGCUGGCCUCCUCACCUCCUCGUAAGAGGCAAAGCAAGGACUUCUUACCCCAUGAUGUUCAAGCUGAUGAUCUUGAUUUGCGGUAUCGUAAUUGGAUGGUGAAUUAUCCUUCUGCUUUAGGCUCCUUCGAGGCAAUUACUGAGCUUGCCCGUGGAAAAAAAUUGGCAUUGUUUCUUGAUUAUGAUGGAACUCUUUCGCCUAUUGUGGACAAUCCUGCAAAUGCAGUAAUGUCUGACGAGAUGCGUGCUGCUGUGAGGCAUGUAGCAUCACUUUUCCCGACUGCAAUCAUUAGUGGAAGAUCUCGUGACAAGGUAUUUGACUUUGUGAAACUAACCGAGCUGUACUACGCUGGAAGUCAUGGAAUGGACAUCAUGGGGCCUAUUAGGAAGUCUGAGUCCAAUGGUCACCAUGUGGAAUGUGUUAGGUCCACUGAUUCAGAGGGUAAAGAGGUCAAUCUCUUCCAACCUGCAAGUGAGUUUUUACCUAUGAUAGCUGAGGUGUUUGAAAAUCUUAGUGAGAGUAUAAAGGACAUCGAAGGUGCAAGGAUGGAAGAUAACAAGUUCUGUGUGUCUGUGCAUUACCGAAAUGUUGCACCACAUGACUACGAAACAGUUCAUCAGCGUGUAACUGCUGUUCUGAAGGAUUACCCUUGUCUUAGGCUUACCCAUGGGAGGAAGGUUCUUGAAGUUCGCCCUGUCAUUGACUGGAACAAGGGGAAAGCUGUGGAAUUUUUGCUUGAAUCGCUUGGACUAAGCGAGAGUGACGAUGUUCUUCCCAUCUAUGUCGGAGAUGACAAGACUGACGAAGAUGCAUUCAAGGUUCUGAAAGCAAACAACCAUGGCUUUGGAAUUCUGGUUUCAUCUGUGCCCAAGGACAGUGAUGCCUUCUAUUCCCUGAGGGAUCCAUCUGAGGUGAUGGAAUUCCUGAGGACAUUGGCAGCAUGGAAGGAGGGUUCUAGCUGA